AGUUUAACAUCCUUUGCUUCCUUUCCAGACCAACACACCAUGGAAAACCAUACCAUAGACUCAGCCGACUGGCCACUGACAACAGAAUUCGACUACAGCGAUUCAGCCCCAUGCACGGGAACUGAGGAAAAGCACUUUGCAGCAAAACUUUUGCCACCGCUUUAUUCUUUGGUGGUGAUAUUUGGCCUCAUAGGCAACAUGCUUGUUGUCCUUAUUCUGGUUAAAUACAAGAGAUUGAAGAGUAUGACUGACAUCUACCUGCUCAAUUUGGCAAUUUCAGAUUUGCUGUUUAUAUUUUCUCUCCCUUUUUGGGCUUAUUAUGCUGUUCACGACUGGAUUUUUGGGGAGGCGCUGUGUAGAAUUCUCUCAGGUGUCUACCUCCUUGGCUUCUACAGCGGCAUCUUUUUCAUAAUCCUGUUGACCCUAGACAGGUAUCUGGCCAUAGUGCAUGCAGUGUUUGCUUUGAAAGCUAGGACAGUUACCUACGGCAUCCUCACCAGCACUGUCACUUGGGCUGUUGCUAUGCUUGCUUCUGUUCCUGGGAUAGUAUUUCACAAAACUCAAAAGGAAAAUUCACGUUAUACUUGCAGUGCUCAUUAUCCAUCAGAGCAGAGAAAUGUUUGGAAGCAAUUCCUGACCUUAAAAAUGAACAUCCUGGGACUUGUUAUUCCAAUGUUAAUUAUGAUCUGCAGCUACACACAAAUUAUAAAGACAUUACUGCAAUGUAGGAAUGAGAAGAAACAUAAAGCAGUCAGGCUUAUUUUUAUCAUCAUGAUUGUCUACUUUUUUUUCUGGGCACCAUACAACAUUUGCAUUCUUUUGCGUGAUUUUCAAGGUGCAUUUUCCAUCACUACUUGUGAAGGCAGCAGUCAACUGCACAAAGCAACCCAAGUGACAGAAACAAUCUCAAUGAUCCACUGUUGUAUCAACCCUGUAAUUUAUGCCUUCGCUGGAGAAAAAUUCAGGAAGUAUCUUCAUAGCUUUUUCCGAAAGCAGAUUGCAUUCUACUUCUCUAAAUACUGCCCUGUUUUCUAUGUUGACACAGCUGAACGGGCUAGCUCCACCUACACACAAUCUACUGGAGAACAAGAAGUUUCUGCUGCGUUGUAG